GACCGGAAAACGGAAAACGGCCCAACAGAGAGGAACGAACGAAGGCAGGCGGAGAGGAAAGAUGGCAGCCGCAGCAGUGGCUGAGUUUCAGAGAGCGCAGUCUCUCAUUGGAACGGAUCGGAAUGCCUCUAUCGACAUUCUGCAUUCAAUAGUGAAGCGGGACAUACAGGAGAGUGAUGAAGAAGCUGUGCGUGUCAAAGAGCAGAGCAUCCUGGAACUAGGUGGUCUGCUGGCCAAGACGGGACAAGCUGCAGAGCUUGGGGGCUUACUGAAGUAUGUGCGUCCAUUCCUUAAUUCCAUUUCCAAGGCCAAGGCAGCUCGGCUGGUCCGCUCCUUGCUGGACUUGUUUUUAGAUAUGGAGGCUGCUACAGGUCAAGAGGUAGAACUCUGCCUGGAGUGCAUAGAAUGGGCCAAAGCUGAGAAAAGGACCUUCCUCAGACAGGCACUAGAGGCUCGGCUCAUCUCACUGUAUUUUGACACAAGGUGCUACCAGGAGGCACUACAUCUUGGAUCACAGUUGCUUCAGGAGUUGAAGAAGAUGGAUGACAAGGCUUUACUGGUGGAGGUUCAGCUGCUUGAGAGUAAAACAUACCACGCACUCAGUAAUCUGCCCAAGGCCCGUGCUGCUCUCACCUCUGCCAGAACAACCGCCAAUGCCAUCUACUGCCCACCCAAACUACAAGCAGCUUUAGAUAUGCAGUCAGGGAUUAUUCAUGCAGCAGAGGAGAAAGACUGGAAGACAGCCUACUCCUACUUCUAUGAGGCAUUUGAGGGCUAUGACUCCAUAGAUAGUCCCAGAGCCAUCACAGCCCUCAAAUACAUGCUGCUCUGCAAAAUCAUGCUCAGCGCCCCAGAGGAUGUCCAGGCCCUUAUCAGUGGCAAACUAGCUCUGCGAUACGCCGGCAGACAGACAGACUCCCUGAAAUGUGUGGCACAAGCGAGCAAGAACCGUUCACUUGCUGACUUUGAAAAGGCACUGACAGAGUUCAAAGCAGAGCUGAGGGACGAUCCCAUUAUCAGCACCCAUCUGACCAAGCUGUAUGAUAACCUGCUGGAGCAAAACCUUAUCAGGGUCAUCGAACCUUUCUCCAGGGUUCAGAUUGCACACAUUUCCACCCUUAUAAAACUUCCCAAGAGGGAAGUGGAAAGGAAAUUGUCACAGAUGAUUCUAGACAAGAAGUUUCAUGGUAUUUUGGACCAAGGUGAAGGUGUACUGAUUGUUUUUGAUGAGCCAGUCGUGGACAAGACAUAUGAAGCAGCACUGGAGACCAUUCAGAACAUGAGCAAAGUGGUUGACUCACUCUACAAUAAAGCCAAGAAGCUAACAUAGAGAAAGUGAGUGCGUCAGUCCUCCUAUUCGGAGUGAGGUGGGUUUAGUCAGACCUCAGACCUGUUGGCCACUCACUUCAACCCGGGAGGGAAGACUGGAGGAGGAUGAGUGGAUUACAAACACGUAGAAAUCCAGCAAACUGAUAAACCAGCUGCUCACCUGAUGACGACCCACCAGGACUACAGACUGACGGGGACAUGCUGUUCCUCCUAGUCCUUCCUCGGCUGUCUUCUCUCCCUUCCUCCUGUCACAUUGUUUCCUUCAAAUCUGACUGGAGUUGAUCUGACACAAAGUGCUCCUCCCUGUGGACACAUCCAGGCACUGCGCCCUCUUUUCUCACCCCUGGUUUCCAUUUAAACAUUUUUUUUUCUGUCUGCGCCGGCCAUCAGGGAAUCUUGUAAAAUAGCAGUAAUGAAAACAUAUACAGUACUUAUACAUAUGUGUAUUAUAUUAAAAAGAGAAGAAAAAGCUUUUCCAUCUGUUCUGAGAGUGUAACCAGGGUUUAAGGUGGCUUUGAUGGGCUUGGUCUCACUGCAUUCUGGUAGCUCUGUUCAGUUUGCAACCCAGCCCAGAAGAUGAAUGUUUUGAGUCUCUGAGAUUUUUUUGCAAUUGUGCAAAAUCGACUGAAGAAGGUUCAGAGCACCCGUUCUCACUUCUUUAGUGUGACCUUUGCCCUCUUAUCUAUUUUAUCCUGAGCACUCGCACUCACAAGGCAUUCUGGGAUUUGUGGACUAUAACGGAAAGUUGCUCUUCUGUCAACUGGGGACCUCAACACAAGGAGGGGGUGUGGCCACUUUGUCAUGUUGGUAAACAUCUCCACCAUCUGCACUCCCCUUUUUGUAUAUAAAAUUGCCAAGCACCACUGCUUGUCUACUGUACCGCCUCCUUUUCUUUUUCUUUUUUUAAUGGAUGCUAAAAAAAAACCCACAACCUUACCACUUGGUCAGUCACACAAAGUGCUUUCGAUGCUCUUGUUAGAGACGAGACCCGGGGGAGCUCUGUAUUCUGACACCAGAUGGUUUGUUGUGCAGAAAAGGGCAGAUUUUUUUCUGGAGGAAAUCCAGCUGUACAUUUAUGGGAAUUUAAUUUUGCAAGGACUCAAGGGUUUACUAUAUGUGACAUAAAAACUAAUGCUAAUAAAAAUUAAGAA